AACAAGCCCGAACCGUACUCUCAACAUGCAGUCCCAGGCUAUAGUAAGUGCAGUCAUCGCUCAGCUCCUGCUAGCAUCGUUGGUGGUGGACUCCGCCAAGCUGCCGUUCAACAAGUACGUCAUCAUGGAUGACAAAGUGACGUUUUUUGAAGCGUGGCGCUCCUGUCAGUACUACGGACUUCAACUGGCUUCUGUAACAUCCUCGGAGGACAAUCAGCAGCUGAGCAAGUUGAUGAACAGGUCUGCCCGUGGCAAUGACACCUUCUGGCUGGCAGGGACCGAUGUCGGCCGGGAAGGCAAAUGGGUCUGGAUUACCACGAACAAACUGGUGCUACAUUUCAGUAACUGGGGCAGUAUUAGUCCACUGUUUGCCGAGGUGAAUGACUGCAUGGCGAUCGGAUCGUUCACGGAAGACAGAACGUUGUGGGAUGACAUUCCUUGCAGCGAGGCUCACAAGUACGUUUGUCAAAAAGUUUGAAACCGUUGCAAUUAAAUAGGUAAUGCUUUGAGACAUAAAUUUGGCUUAAGAGGUGUUUGAAAACUCGUUUUCUCUAUGUCUAUCGCCAUCAAUUAUUGUUUGCUCAUGGGUUAAGGCUCAAGCAUCCGUCAUUAUUUUUCGGAAAAUAAAAAGCAGUAAGUACAGUAAAUAUAUUUUCAUAGCAAAAA